CAGUCAACGCCUUUUUAAUUCUCGUGUACACUGUACAGGCCAUGACCAUAGUGGACUCGUGUAACUAGGCUUCUUAUGGUAUAGGCUGUGUUACCUGUUCGACUAUUCUUUGAAAUAAUUAUUUCACACGUAACUUUCCCUGUGAGCAAGUAACUUAUCGUCAUUAAUCUGAGUUUAUUUCAUUAACUGAUUAAAUGGAACGUUUCAAUGCAAAAGAUGUUACCCCCAGUAUUCCACCAGAGAAAAACGUACUGUUGAUUUCGGAAGUCAAGAAGUUCACCUCGCUAUAUGACACUUCUGACCCGAAUUAUUAUGUAUUAGCCGAAAGAAACAAAGCGUGGCUGCAAGUUGCUGAAAAUUGUAAUGAACCAGCUGAGCUGUGUCACCUGAGAUGGAAGUCACUUCGGAAGCGUUAUGCUAAAGAAAAAAAGCGAUUCCCUGAAAUAAUACAAGGACAGCGCAGACCAUGGGCUCUCUUCCCGAAAAUGUCAUUUUUAUUAACCCCAGCACAAACACCAAUGCGUAGAAUAAAACCUCCUAGGCCACGGAAGAAGAUUGGCCCGACAUCAAGUUCAGAGAAUUCGAAACAUAAUGCUUCUGACGAUGAUAUGCUGAUAGUAAAUGAUAAGGAUGAAGUUGUAAGCACAUGCAAGUCUACAGAAAUAUCAGAAGAUGAAUACAUCUACGAGACAUUAGAUGACCCUGAUAGUGCAUUAGAAAUCAUGAAAGAAAAACCGCCUCCUAAAGUAAAACCUACGGCAAUACGCUCUGGGGCAGCCAUAGCUCCAACUGUUCCUCGUUUUAGGGGGUCAGGGAGGAUAAGAAAGGUCACAUCGAAAAUGCAAAAUUCUUUCAUAGCUAAAAAGCUAAAGCAAGCGCAACAAAUACUGCAAGAAUCAGAUGUGUCAGUGGAAGACAAAAAACCUCCUCUACUAACCCCACAGAAAGCCUCUGUAGAUAAUGCUAAGAAUGAUACUAAAAGAUCAUCAGGAGCAAAAACUGUACUCCAUCAAGACAAUACUACAAGGCAUGUAGCGACGGUAAAUCCCAACAUGGUUAGGCUAGAUAAAAUAACCGAUAAAAACUCUUCCACACAUGUUCAUGACAGUAUAAUUACCUUAUCCAGUAAGGGGUCCCCAGAAAAAAUCAGCGAAGCUCAUCGACCGUUCAAAGUAAUCAAGCUGAAAGGGAAAAAUCCGAUUAUAUUUUCACCAGAACAAUUGCCGGACAUUCAGUCGUUUCUUAAGGCUGAAGCGUCAUCUUCAAGCUCUGUAUCUGUGCCUGAACAGAAUGAGUUGAAAACACCACUUCUCAAAAUUAAAUCAGUGGAUAAUCUAAACAAGCAGAAUGUUGUGUCUGCCCCUGCAAGUGAAAAUAAAGACAACAAUCUAGACAUUAUCCAUUCUGUGGGGCUCGUAAGGAGGAAUACGGUUGAGAAAUGUGCGGAAAAACAUGAGACGUCUUUCUUGAGAAACUCACUCGAGGAACCUUUGACCAAGAAGAUAAGUCAUCAGAGUUACUCAAGGGCAUACUCUUGGAACAGACCGGGGUCGAAAACCGCCAACAAACAAACGGCCAAUGAUAAAAUCCAACCGGACUCCCAGACAAAUGAUUAUGAAAUAGAGGAAACAUGGAAUGAUAUUAAGCAAGAAAAUAUUGAAGACAUGUCCUGGCAUCCAGAACCUGAAAUGGUACAGUUUGGAGAAUACGCUCAUACGAUGGACUACCCAGAAGAAUCUCCCAACAAUCAGAACAUGUGGAACAAACUGAGUGAAGCCAAGCUGGAACUUGUCGCUUACCAGAGGAAAAUGCUCGAAGAGCAACACAAGAAAACAAUGGAAUACAUGAAGAAAGAGCAUGACUUGAAGAUGACUUUGUUGAAAGCAGAGAUCGACUUGAAACGAAAACAGUUAAACAUCAUGUUGUAAAUAAGUUCAGCAACCGAAAACUACUGUAGAUUGUAAAUAAUUUAUUUGCUUGAAGCCCGGUUGUUUCUACAUUAUGCCCUCCCCUUAUGUGAUCUCAAUGUAAAUAUAUUUGUUUUCUUCUUAUAGAA